CGUAAAAAUUCUCGCACAUGUUUUUUGGAGUUAUCAAUGUUGUGUGGAGUUAAGUUCUGUUAUUUAAAAGUUAAAUAAAUACCUAGUGUAGUUAAAUAAUACCUACUAUCAGUGACAUAUAAUCAAAAAAUGAGUCAAAUAUUGAACAAAAUCCGGGAUAUAGACCCUAAUAACGGUGAAGUUGUUAAAGAUGCACUUUCAAGCUUCUUCUUGAACCUCAACAAACACACUGAAUUGGACUGCAUCAGAUGGUUACGCGCUUUAGAAAACAUUAUCACCCGGUUCCCGAAAUACUGUAUGUCGCAUAGAAACACAGCAGAAACAUAUUUAACACAUUUUUUGGACAGUAGUAAUUUCUUCUAUGUCUUAGAAGCAGCCAAGUGUGCACAUGCGCUACAGCAGGUACGUCCACCACAGGAGAAAUCGGCAACAGCUAAGAGUUGCUGGCGGGAUGAGAUGAGAGUGCUCUGCAAUUCCGUUCACUUGUUGCUCAGGAGUAUAUUCCCAAAUUUGGUGGACUUAUAUAAUGGUAAUUCAGAGAAUGAAGAACCACAAGUGAUAAAUUCACCAUUACUGACUGCUCUUACAAACAUAAGUAAUGUGAAACACGUAGACAAGAAUGUUGAAAGACAGACGCUUCUGUGCACAAGACUGAGGAAUGUUUUCGUUUUUAUCCAAGCCAUGCUUGUGGAAAUAUACCCAGUGCCAAAGCCAGUCCAACCGCAGACGAUUCUAGAAGCUCUGAUCCGUGCUUUAAGUAUAGCGCCAUCUAGCGUCAGUAAUGUGGAUAUAACAGUCAUCAAAAUUCAGGUUCUGAGAACUGUGGACGCUUUGAUUGCAUGCCUUGGUGCCAACCUGAUUCCUUUUUCAUCACUUGUCAUCCGAUUUGCAAUGCAGACCCUCAAGUGGACAUCAGAAAAUUCCAGCAAUGAGUCGAGUAAGGUCCGUUGCGCCGCCUACCGCAGCCUGUCCCGCUGGCUGGGCACGCUGCGCGCGCACCGCUGCGCGGGCGCCGGCGCGCGCUGGCCGGGCGAGCUGGCCGCCCACGUGGCGCGUGACGUCACGCCCGCCCGACACGUCGUCCAGCUCACUAUGAGUACACAACCAACGAAAAAUUUAAGCAAGAAGGCUAGGAAGAGACUGGCCAACUCCAUGCUGCAAGGGGGCAACAUGGCAUCGCAUAUGCCCGGUGAGAAGAACAAAGUCGUCGUACCUGAAGACAUAAAUGAUGAAGUGGCUAUAGCCGCGUUAGAAUGCGCGGAAACCUUCUUGACUGUGUGCGGGAUAUUCCUCAAACCGACUACCCACAAGCUAUUCCAAGAACGUCUAGUACGCGAAUGUUACUCCCUAGAGUCAUACUCGAGCGAGCGAGCGCUGUGGCUGCUGCGAGCGUUGGAAGCCACGAGGAAAACCACGCCCGCGACAGUGGCGCCGCCCACACAGUACUGCUUGCAACUGUACAGCGUUUUGAUCAAUUCCCAACAGAGGGAGAUAUCGAAGUUCUGUUCACAAGCCCUCCUAGACAUACGGAUGCACCUACACUGUUCGCCGCCGUCGAUAAACUUCGCGUUAGAAGUCGCGGACGACAAGCAGAAGCGUGCGGAGUUGAAGAAAUCUAAAAUGCAACAAAGGAAUAAAGCCGCUUUGGACGCCUUUUUAGAGAACAGAGUUACAACUGAAAAUUCCAACGAAAUAAUAACAAUACUAGAUGAACCAUCAAAUAAGAAGCCAAGACUUGAAGAAGAUACAUUAGACAAGAUAAGCGUUAGCAGUGACUCUGUUAGUUCCGUAGAAAUCAGCGAUGAAUCUGACGGAGACGUAGAACUAGUUCAAGAAAAUGAUAAAGCUAAUGAAAAAGAGAAUGAAAAUGGAGACAUUUCAAUAGAAAUUGUUGUCGAUACUUCUAGUAAAAACAAUGAUAUUCCUGAAAGUAAUAAACAAACAGUUUAUAUCCCCAACGAUGUAGUAGAUACAGUUGAAAAUAAUACACAAAUAGAAGUCAAUACUGUUACUGAAGUUUCAAAUAACCAUGAAAAAGAUGCUCCUAGUUCUCAAGACGACGGAAAAGAUAAUAUUUAUGAAGCCAAAACUCAACUACCAAUUAACGCUUCAAAUGAAACAGUAGAUGAAGAUAUGCCAUUAUCAGCUGAAAUAGCAUACGAUUUACCCGCAACGGUGAAAGAAGUGCCAGUUUUAGAAAAAAAUGACGAUGAUAAUCUUCCGAGUACUAAUGACACCGAUGACAUUCAGAUAACUUGCGGGCAAGUUGUCAAAAAUUCACAAGAUGGCGCUGAAAAGGCUAAAACUGAAUGUGAAACACCCAAAGUGAAUGGAAAUAAAUCUCCUGAGAAAAUAAUGAUAGAUGAUGAAGUUUUAGUUCCUGAAGUAACAAUUAAAAUUGGUGCUCUUAAUGAUACUAUAACAGUUGAUGAUAUGAUGGCAGAUUUCGUUGAUGAGGUUAACGAAGAAGGUACCGUGUAAUUGCAUUUUGAAAUGUGCCAAGUUGAUCGGCUAAAAGCUGUAAGUCAUAGGUUUUAAGUUUAAUUUUCUUCCAAAAUGUAAUCGUCUUUAUAAAUGAUAUAGGUAUUGAAAUAUACCGAAUUAAUAAAAAAAAAU